AUGUCAUUCGUUCACGCACUGACGCAAUCGCUUGUCCUUCUCUUGCACGCUUGCCCGUCCACUCGCCCUUCGAACCGAUCAACUCCGUUCCUUGCAUCCUUUCCGGCGUCUCUGUGGCAAUCGUCGCGUCCGAUAAUCGCUACGCCUGAUUCUAACGGAUCAACUUCGAAGAUUCUACAAGCUCCAGUCGCUCCAGCCCUCGAGAUCAGCAAAACUGUACUAGCCCAGAGAGGGGAAACGUUGGACGUCCGAUAUCGCUACGUCCCGGAACAGCUCUCGCUGCUUCCACGUUCGUCUCCAUCUUUGUCCCGUACUCACUCGCCUCUGUCCCCGCUCUGCUCGAUCGACGCGUCAGAACUCUUUGACUACUCGCAAUCACAGCAAACCACUUUGCCGUGCCCAUCCAACAACGUCGGACUGCACAUCACGUUCGACAGACAAGUACACUCGCUCGAGAUUACGCUUGCUGGGCUUAACGGUCCUCAUCGCUCGAUCUACUGUGCGUCCGGCGCCGCUACGCGUAUCUAUUUGACCACUCGAAGCUCUAACAACCUAGAGCUGAUCCCAUUCGCUACUCUGCUGCGCAGCCGCUAUCACUGUUACAAUUCUGUUGCCGUAUUGGUUACGCAAGCCACCUUUGAACGCAACUUACGAAUUUCUCUAAGUAACACGACAGACAUGUCGUCUUACAACCUCGUCACGCCGCCCAUCGACGCGGCCCACAUGAGUUUUGAGUCCGCGCAUGCUCGCAACCCUGACUGGUCUGUCAACUCUCAGACCAGCUACGCCCAGCCUGCCAAUGCUACCGCCUCCAGCUCGAUCAAUAAGCGCAGCGCAGACCACUUUGACCCAACGGACGAGGCCGCACAGGGUCUCGACCCGAGCAGCUUUUCCAAGGUCACCUUUCAGAUGCCCUCUUUCCUCGCUGGCGGCCCGGCCGGGCAGUUUGCCUCUGGCCCUGCAAUUGCAGAGAUGCCUCCCACGCACAACAGUCAGACGCCGUUUCUCAACAUGAAUUCGUCUUUCGCUGCCGUGUCGCCCACACGCAAGACCGCAAAGUAUGUGCCCGACCCGAGCAAUCCUGUCUAUGGCAAUUAUGGCUCUUCGGUCGUCGGCGUCAAUCCUGACUUGACGCCCUUCCCCAUUGAGGCAAAGAUGGAGGCCGCAAAGCUCAAUGCUGCCGGCAAGGACGAAGAUUUCGAAGCCACCAACGCAGGCUUACCCGAGCCAAUUGGCGGCAACUUCCCUGGUCUCUACUCGUCUUCAGGUUUUGACAUGGUCAGCGUGCUAGCCCGCGUCGCGGCCCGACCUAAUCCUCAGAUCAACGUUGGACCUGUCGAUACGUCGUGCUCCUUCCUUGUCGUUGAUGCACGCAAGUACGAUUUCCCAAUUGUCUUCGCAUCAGAGACUUUCUCCAAGCUCACUGGCUACGAAACGGACGAGAUCAUCGGCCGUAACUGUCGCUUCCUUCAGGCUCCCUCUGGCGAUGUGCAGAUGGGCAGCAGGCGUAAAUACACGGAUAGCAAUGCUGUCUAUCACAUGCGUACGCACGUCAUGGCAGGCAAGGAGUCUCAAGUCAGCAUCAUCAACUAUCGCAAGAAUGGCCAGCCUUUCAUCAACCUCAUCACGAUCGUGCCUAUCACGUGGGACACGGAUGAGAUCGCGUAUUUCGUCGGAUUCCAGGUCGAUCUGGUCGAGCAGCCUAAUGCCAUUCUCGAGAAGCUGCGCAACGGCAGCUAUGUCGUCAACUAUUCUCUUCUGCCCAACACGCCUUUCAAUCCGACCGGUUCGUCGCAAGCGCCUAAUAAGAUUAACGACGGUUCGCUCGCCGCUUCGGUUUCCGCGUAUCAAGUCGAGGAGCCUAUGCGCAGCGAGGAAGCCAAAUCUUCGGCAGAGAUGCUCAGCAUCCUUGGCACAAACUAUUCGGACGAUGGUGAGGACGUCAAGGCUUGGCAGAAGGCAUUGCUCGGCCAGACGCAUGAUCUGGUGCAUGUGCUCUCCCUCAAGGGCUCGCUGCUCUAUGUCUCUCCGAGUUCAGCGCGCAUGCUCGAAUACGAGCCAGAGGAGCUCGUCGGCCACACAAUAUCGCAACUCUGUCACCCGAGCGACAUCAUCCCUGUCAUGCGGGAGCUUAAAGAGUCCAGCAACGCUACUGAUCCCAACCAUACGGUUUCUUUGCUCUAUCGCAUCAGACGUAAGAAUUCUGGCUACAUCUGGAUUGAAGCUCACGGCAAGCUCCACCUCGAGCCCGGCAAAGGUCGCAAGUGCGUCAUACUCGUCGGUCGAGAGCGACCUAUCUAUCGCAUGUCAUGGCGUGACGUCAAGCAGACCGGCAGCUUCGGCGAUGAGGAAUUUUGGUCAAAACUGAGCUUGGACGGACUGUUUCUAUAUUCAACGUCGUCUGUGUCCAGCAUGCUGGACUUCACUGCAGACGAAAUGAUUGGAACGAGCAUCUACCAGCUAGUCCGACCCGAUCGGACGACGGAUGUUACGAAAGCGCUCGAUCAGGCUGCUGCUGGAAAUCCUGUCAGCUUGCACCAUCAUCUCAAGCAGCGCAGUGGCGAAUAUAUCGCCGUGGUGACCCAUUUCCAUCCCCAUAUGAUUGACGACUCCUCUAGCGGGGCUCAGCAUCCUGCUGUCAUAUGCCAAACGAACAAGCUAAGCUCAGAGACAACUCGCACCGCUCAUCGACCGCGCCAUGAUGGUGGUGUCAAUACCAGCUUCGCGUCAAAUGACAUGCAACGCAGCUCAUCCAGCAACAGCAUGAUCGCAAUCGCUUCUCCAGAAUCCUCUGACGAAGCCAACACGCCUUCCCCCUUCUCUGCGAUUCCGAGCACUUACAAGACCCUCAUGUCUGCACCGCAGUCGGACAAUAUCUUUGAAGAAUUGGACGCUACGCGAAGCACAAGCUGGCAAUACGAGCUCCACCAGUUGAAGAUCAUCAACAAGAAGCUUCGAGAAGAGCUAGAGCUGCUGGAAGCGGCCAAGCGGAAGCGCAAUAAGCGAAAGCUUGCAGCUGCCGGCGGGUCCGGCUCGCCUUCGACGGUCAAGUCAUGCGCAAAUUGCCACACGACGUCCGCACCAGAAUGGCGAACAGGUCCAUCUGGACCCAAGACACUAUGCAACGCCUGCGGGUUACGAUGGGCAAAGGCCACGCGGGGCUCUGGCAACAGUCAGACCGACAGUGCAUCAUCGCAGCGCUCUGCGUCCAUCGAAGCGAACUCGGCCGUCAGCUCUGGCUCCGAAUCUGCUGGCCCGGUUCCCGGUUAUCAGCCAGCCGCAGGCUUCAAUACGACAACGCGACCCUUUUAAAUGUGACACAGCC